AUGGAUGCAAAUCAUUGUUCGACCCGAUCAAACAAAACUCGGCUUUCGGGACAAACGCACCCCGGCCGAUCACGCCUAGUCAAAAGACAUAUCCGUGUUGGACAACAGAGCAGUAUAACCAGUCUAUUUUUGUUCAAUCUUAGCUUAGCGGACUUUCUCAUGGCUCUACUGAUCAUUCCAAUCCACGUGAUAGUUGAAAUUAUCUAUCUGUCAUGGCCUUUGGGUUACACUAUGUGUAAGCUGUUUAGUUAUCUGCAAGGAAUCAGCGUGUUUGUGAGCGCACUGACGCAUGUGGUCAUUUCGUGGGAUCGUGUGGUCCUGGUCUAUUUCCCGUUGCGACCACGAAUUUCCCAUCGCAGUGCUGUGGGCCUGAUUGUGGGCGUGUGGAUUCUGGCCUGCAUCAUUCCGUUCCCUAUGCUUGUGGUAAACCAGUUGCAUGAGGAGAAUUUCAGUGCGCAAUGUGUGGAGGAUUGGACCGUGCUAUUUCCUAAUCUGAUUGUGAAUCGGACCUCGAAUCCGCCGCAAUUUCUGUUCGAAAUGGAUUUGUGGAUCGGUGCCCACCUAGUAGUGGAUAUCAGCUCGGCCUAUACGGUUCUAUUGAUGAUUUUGCAAUAUUUUCUACCGCUCGGUGUGAUUUGCGGCACGUAUGCGGCCAUAGUGUUCCGGGUGCGACGUCUCCAGACACCUGGUGAGCGGGAUCAAAUGCGUGACCAGAAAUUGAACAGAGCAAGACAAAAAGUGAGUUAUUUUGACUCUCUGUAUGUGGCCAACGUUGCAAUAAUUUAUGAAAUAUCAAUAAUCUGGAUAAAAUGCGAACCCACUUGA